UUUAAAAGGUUUAGCUGAUCUUCACAGCGGUGAGCGUCCUAUUCUUCAUCGGGAUUUAAGACCAUCAAACGUUCUUCGAGAUGUACAAGGAAAUUUUUAAUCGCUAACUUUGGUAUAAGUCAUAUGUUAUCUGAUGAAACUUCGACACAUUGGAGCAUACAAAGAGGAGCUAAAUAUUGGAUAGCUCCAGAGUCAUAUGACGCAUCAGAUGAUACAAUUAAUAAAGUUCGUUACAAAAAAGAGUCUGACAUUAUGAAUGCCGGAAUGGUGGCUUAUUAUGUUGCAACAAAGGGAAGACAUCCUUUUGGAGAUGAACGGCUUAGACUGGACAACAUUUUGAAAGGAAACCCAGUUGGAUUGAACGAAAUCAUGGAUGCCACGCUCAAAGACAUUUUAUCGUGGAUGCUACAGCUAAAACCGGAAGACAGACCAUUGGCCAACGAAGCGUUAAAACACCCUUAUCUACAAACCGAUGAAGAGAAUUUUGAUUUGCUGUGUGAUGUUGGGAAUGAACCAGAAAUAAAGAUAUCAUCUUCACAUUCUCUUACCUCAGAUGUUCGUGAGCAGUUGAAUCUUUCAGUAGAUUGGAUGGACCGUAUCGAUCCUGAAGUCUUUAAUCAUUUCAAUAAAGUAUCCUACGACUCUACAUGGUUAGGUUGCCUAAGAUUUUUACGAAACGUUCGCCAGCAUUGGCAUGAUAAACCUCGUCCACAACUGUCAUCAUGUGUUAAAGAUGGAAACUAUCAAGAGUAUUUUCUUCGACUUUUUAUGGAACUGCCUCUUCUAGUUCACAGAACCAUAAGACCUGCUCUAAAGAAACAUUUCGCAAACAGUGCACAUCCUGUAAAACGUGAAGAAGGCAAGGGAAAGAAAAGCAAAGCUGUUAUUGAUUACGUUGAUCUUAACGCUUCUGAGGAAAAGAAAUCUCUGCUGUAUCCACCAAAUGAUAAUGACAGUGAUGCUGAUAUAGCUAUAAAGUCUACAUCAGGACCUAAUGAAGCUCCCCGUCCCAACACGACUGAAUUUAAAAAUACGUUUUUAACCAAAGGUUGCAAAAUUAAAGAUUGUGUACAUGAAAAAUUGAAAAGAUUUUCUUGGCUUUGUGGCAAAUAUGGCAUAGCCUAUCCCAACAAAGAGAUGCGUUAUCUUCAUUUGUACCUCGAAGUGGACAAUAAAAUGAAAAAGAUUGAUUUGAAACCAGAAAUCAAUAAGGUUUUUGACGGCAAUGCUUCAGAAUACAUUGAAUUACGUUUUGUCAACCCGUCAGACGACAUUAUAAUUCGGCCACUAUCCAACAUCAUGGUUCUCUCAAAGCGCAAUAAUGAGCAUAAUGAAAAAUCCCGUGGCACGUUGACUCUGUUCAGCUGUAAAGAUGGAAAACAUUACGCGUUGACUUGUCUUCAUGUUGGAUAUGGAAAAGUUCCGAAAGAACAAAUGAAUAAUCAAUUCUUUUACAUUCGAGACAAAAUUGAAAAUGAUAAAUUGGCAUUUAAGAAAUUUCUACUAAAAAACAAGUACUCUUAUACUCAUCAAAACAGCAUAACAAUACCUCUUGGCGAGCUAUUUCAUUACUCAUUUGAUCUUCAAACCGACAUCAUGGCAAUCUUAAUUGAUGACAAAGAAGAUAACUUUACUGCGGCUGAAAUAGAGAUGCCGAGUUCUUUCGAUGCUGUGUUUGAUAAUUUGUUAUUGAAGGAAAAUGAAAAGUUUAUAAAGUUGGCGACGAGUUUGGCUUGAACGAAAUUGCUGACCUCAGUCGUAGCGUUUUUGACAACAGCAACAAAGAAGUGUUUCGUGACAUAGUGGCAGUAAAGAGUGAUAACGAAUUCCUCCGGCCUGGAGAUUCUGGUUGCCUAGUGUAUUAUUAUGAUGAAAACAACAAAAA